AGCUUGUCGCCGGCCAUAAAUUUCUGUUCCUCCGCAGUCACAUUCUCCAGCGCCGCCGCAGACACAUUCUCCAGCGCCGCCGCAGACACAUUCUCUAGCUCAAAUCGAAGGCAUCUCUUUCUUCCCAACUCUAACUACAUUCUUUCUCUCAUUUCAAUUGUUGGUGAUUGCAUUAUUGGGGAACUGAAGCUUAUCUUGUUGUUGUAAUCACUCACAGGUUAGUCCUAAACUAAUUUUGUAGUUUUUCUUUCUCUUACUAUUGUUUUGGUUUGUUCUUCAACUUUUUUUUGUUAUUUAUAAUGUGUUUGAGUUAUAUUUGAGUUUGAGUUAAACAUAGUGUAAUGUUUUAAGUGUGUGAAGAGUUAAACUUAGUGUAGUGCUUUAAGUAUCUGAACUUGAGAUAAUAAUUGUCAGAUAUUAUGUGUUUGUGUUCUUGUCAGUUUGUGUUGUUGUCUUUGUGUUAAUAUAAUGUAUUAUCUUGACCACAGUUAGAUGUUUGAGUUUCAGAUUGUGUUAAUGUCUUAUCUAGAACUUGAGAUGGUAUCUUAUGGUUGAAUUGUUGUUCUAAAGGUCUUACUUACGCUUAGUACAUAUAAUGUUGGACAAGUCAUGGGUCCAUCUCUGCAGAGUUGAUCCUGCUUAUGAGAGAGGUGCUCGAAAAUUUGUACGAGCUGUGACUGAGGCUUUAGGAGACAUUGAUAAGCUAGUUUGUCCAUGCAUCGACUGCCGUAAUAUUGAUCGUCACUCGGGCAGUGAUGUGGUUGAUCAUCUUGUAACAAGAGGAAUGGAUGAGGCAUACAAGCGGCGGAGUGAUUGGUAUCAUCAUGGAGAAGUGAGCUCUGGGGCUGAAGUAGAAAGCAAAGUGAACCACUGGAAUGAGGAGAUAUUUGACUUAUAUAAAGCUGCUGAAUAUUUAGAUGAAGAGUUAGCUAGUAAAGGUGACUUAGGUGAGAUUGUAGAGGGUGACUUAGUUGAGAUAGCUGAAGGUGAAGACAAGAGAGAAGAUGAGUUUCUUGCAAAGCUAGCAGAUGCGGAGACACCAUUGUAUCCAAGCUGUGCGAACCAUAGCAAGCUAUCAGCUAUUGUGGAGCUGUUUAGAAUUAAGACAAAUAAUGGCUGGUCUGACAAGAGCUUCAAUGAACUGCUUGAGACAUUGCCAAAGAUGUUACCCAAGGAGAAUGUGCUUCACACAUCAUUGUAUGAUGUGAAGAAGUUUUUGAAGAGCUUUGAUAUGGGAUAUGAGAAGAUCCAUGCGUGUGUAAAUGAUUGUUGCCUAUUCAGAAAGAAGUACAAGAAGCUCGAUAAUUGUCCAAAAUGCAAGGCUUCAAGGUGGAAGGUUAACAUGCACACUGGUGAAGUAAAGAAAGGUGUCCCACAGAAAGUAUUGAGAUACUUUCCAAUAAUCCCACGGCUUAAGAGAAUGUUCAGAACUGUGGAAAUGGCGAAGGACUUAAGGUGGCAUUUUAGUAACAAGAGCAGCGAUGGAAAACUCCGUCAUCCUGUAGAUUCUGUUACUUGGAAAAAAAUGGAUGACAAAUACCCUUCCUUUGCAGCUGAAGAAAGGAACAUCCGGCUUGGACUUUCCACAGAUGGAUUUAAUCCGUUCAACAUGAAGAAUACUAGGUAUAGUUGUUGGCCUGUUCUGUUAGUUAAUUAUAAUCUGCCUCCUCACUUAUGUAUGAAGAAGGAGAACAUCAUGCUUACCUUGUUGAUUCCUGGACCACAACAGCCUGGUAAUAGUAUUGAUGUUUACUUAGAACCACUAAUAGAUGAUUUAAACCAUCUGUGGAAGAAGGGAGAGUUGACUUAUGAUGCCUUUAGUAAAAAUAUUUUUACUCUUAAGGCAAUGCUUCUUUGGACUAUUAGUGAUUUUCCUGCUUAUGGAAAUCUUGCAGGCUGCAAAGUUAAGGGUAAAAUGGGAUGUCCUAUAUGUGGAAAAAACACAGAUAGUAUGUGGCUGAAAUUUAGCAGAAAGCAUGUUUUUAUGUGUCAUAGAAAGGGAUUAGCACCAACACAUAGUUAUCGGGAUAAGAAGGCAUGGUUUGAUGGGAAAGCUGAACAUGGGAGAAAGGCUAGAAUAUUAACUGGUCGUGAAAUUUCCCAAAAUCUGAGAAACUUCAAAAACGAUUUUGGUAAUGCUAAAGAAUCUGGAAGGAAGAGAAAAAGGACUGAAUAUCUUGACUCAGGAUCUGAUAUUGAUGAUGAAUCCAGUGAAUCAGAAGAAGAGGAAGAAGUAGCAGUUGACGAGGAAGAAUUAUCAAGAUGGAAGAAAAGAUCCAUUUUGUUCAAGCUGGAGUAUUGGGAGGUAUGUUUAAUUGAUUAACUUUCAGAAUUAGUCAAUUAUACUAUGGGUUUAAGUUUGGUUUUGUUGUAUUUGCUAGGAUCUCCCGGUGAGACAUAAUUUGGAUGUAAUGCAUGUAGAGAGAAAUGUGGCUGCAAGCAUUGUCUCUACAUUGUUGCAUUGUGGAAAAUCAAAGGAUGGUCUUAAUGCUCGUAAAGAUUUGCAAGAACUUGGGAUAAGAAAGGAUUUACAUCCUAGUACACAAGGAAAGAGAACUUACCUUCCAGCAGCUCCUUGGUCUUUAUCAAAGAAAGAGAAGAAAAUUUUCUGCAAGCGGCUUUUUGAUUUUAAAGGUCCAGAUGGAUAUUGCUCUAAUAUAUCAAGGGGUGUAUCAUUAGAGGAGUGUAAGAUAACAGGUCUCAAAUCACAUGAUUAUCAUGUAUUGAUGCAACAGCUACUCCCAGUUGCACUUAGAGGAUUGUUACCAAAAGGACCUAGGACAGCAAUCUUUCGCUUAUGCGCAUUCUUCAACAUGUUGUGUCAGCGAGUUAUUGAC